CCAUCCGCGAUGAUCCCAAUCAUGUGGUGGUUGGUGAAUUUCUGCGCGCUGUUCGUGGUCGCUAGUUGUACGGUGUUGACUCAGACCGCGGGUUCAGUUGCCGGCCCGUCCGGUGUGGUCAUAACGAGGCAGACGUUAGACAGUGAGCUGUUUCCACUGACGAUUAUCCACCUGAACGACUUCCAUGCCCGGUUUGAGCAAACGAACACGGUGUCAACGCGCUGCAAGCCGGACGAAGGUGAACGCUGUAUUGGUGGUUACGCACGAGUGGUCGCCCGUAUCAAAUCGCUCCAGCAGGAGUACGCCGAUCGGAACCCAAUCUACCUGAACGCGGGCGACAACUUCCAGGGCACCCUCUGGUACUCACUGCUGCGCUGGAAUGUGACCGCCCACUUUCUGAAUCUACUUCCGGCAGACGUGAUGACGCUCGGGAAUCACGAGUUCGAACAUGGAAUAGCGGGUUUGGUGCCGUUUCUGGAUGUGAUCGACAGUCCCGUGGUAGUGGCAAACAUAGACGAUCGUGACGAGCCCACAUUGCAAGGAAAGUACACCAAAAGUGUAGUACUCGAUCGUGGUGGGCUUAAAAUCGGGGUGAUUGGUGUUAUCCAUCACCUGACGAAUACGAUGGGUAUGACGGAGCGGUUACGUUUUCUGGAUGAAGUGGAACAGUUACGGGUGGAGAUCGAUCGGUUGAAGACUGCAGGAGUUCAGCACUUUGUGGUACUAUCCCACUGUGGUCUGGAGAUCGAUCGUACUAUUGCUCGUGAGCUGCCAGAUGUAGAUGUCAUCGUUGGAGGUCAUUCUCAUACGUUCCUUUUCAACGGCACUACCGACGGUUUUCCCGAUGAAGCUGAAGACACCUAUCCGGUUGUGGUAGAACAUCCUAACGGUCAAACGACCCUGAUUGUACAGGCCGCAUCCUACGCGAAGUAUGUUGGAAGAAUCACUCUGUACUUCGACCAGGAAGGAAACGUGCGAGAUUGGGAAGGUAAUCCAGAGUUUCUCGACGACACAGUACCACAAGAUCCGGAGGUGUUGGAGCAGUUGGUUCCGUGGCGGGAGCAAGUUAAUGUACAAGCCAAUCGUCAGAUCGGUUACUCGGCCGUAAUGCUCGACAAACCCGACUGUUCGCGAGGUGAGUGUAACUUUGGCAACUUCAUCACCGAUGGGUACAUCGACUAUUUUGCAACGGAAGCACAGAAAGCACCGAACCCAGACCAGUGGACGGAAGUAGCGAUCGCGUUCAACACGGGAGGUGGUAUGCGGACGUCACUGUUCGCUGGAAACCUCACGUUCGAUGAUCUGGUAACGGCCGUACCGUUUGAGGACACAAUCGAUAGCUUCGAUCUUCAAGGGCGAGUGCUUCUGGAGGUGCUGGAGCACAGUGCUAGCCGGUUCGGCACGUCCGAUAUGAUGCAGAUGUCGGGAAUGCAGGUGACGUACGAUCUGCGCCGUCCUGCCGGGAACCGAGUCGUAUCGGUCAGCUUACGGUGUCGCUUUUGUACGGUCCCACGGUACGAACCGCUCGAUCCGGAGCGGAUCUAUCGGGUUGCAACUGGGGCGUACAUUCGGAAAGGUGGCAGCGGAUACACCAUGAUUCCUCAGUGGGCCACAAAUUUGUUGAUUGGACCAGUCGAUAUAGCCGUGCUGGAGCGUUACGUACAAAAGAUGACGCCCAUCAUCAGCGGUACCUAUGGACGUAUUACCGUUAUAGAGUGA